AUGAGCAACCCGUAUCGAAAAAGCAGCUAUGGUGGCCUUGAUGGCAUGGGCCCAACCGACAUGCCACGAAGAUCCAUGGACUCCAAUGGCAACCACGCAGAUGCGACCGGGACUGGAUAUCGUCAAAGCAUUGACCAUGGACGUGGCUCAGGCUCUGCCGGUAAUGCAGGCAUGUUCAGUAUCCCAGAGUACGCAAGUCCUUCUUCAGAAUGCGACUCUGGAACUCAAGUCGAUGACCGAAAUCGCUACUUCCACUCCAGAAGAGUGAGACCUGGUGAAGUUGAGAAGCCGUGGCUCGAAAAGACCAAUCCCAAGGAGAAAUGGGUCUCCAUUUUCCCCCUUCUCGCCAUCUUCCUCGGCCUCGUUGGAUCCGGCUUUCUCGUUUGGGACGGUGUCAGGAGUGUGGUCAAGAACAAGUAUUGCCCUGUCCUGGAUGAGGACUUUAGUCAAGGUCUGAACCCAAAUAUUUGGACUAAAGAAGUUGAAGUCGGUGGAUACGGGAAUGGCCAGUUCGAGGAAACUACCGGCGGUGAUGAGAAUGUCUACGUCGACAAUGGCAACCUAAUCGUCAAGGCAACUCUUCAAGACUCAAAGUUGUUGCAAAAGAACAAUGUCAUCAACCUUCUCAAGGACGGCACCUGCACUUCCAAAGUUUGGUCCAACUGCGUUGCUGCCACCAAUCUGACCGGAGGAAACAACACUAUCAUCCCUCCCGUCAGGUCUGGGCGCAUCAAUACUAAGAAGGGUGCUAACAUCAAGUAUGGUCGCAUUGAAGUUACUGCAAAGCUCCCUGAAGGUGAUUGGCUGUGGCCCGCUAUCUGGAUGCUUCCCAGGACAAGCAAGUAUGGCCCUUGGCCUCGCUCUGGAGAGAUCGACAUUAUUGAAUCGCGUGGAAACAAUUGGACAUACAAACAGGGCGGAAAUGACAUUGUUUCCUCAGCUCUGCACUGGGGACCCAACCCUGCCAACGACGGUUGGUGGAAGACCAACAACAAGCGAAAAGCCCUGCACACAACCUACAGUGCCGGUUUUAACAUGUUUGGUUUGGAGUGGUCUGAAAAAUAUCUCUUCACUUAUGUCAACACCCGCCUUCUUCAAGUCACAUACACGAACUUCAAAAAGCCUAUGUACCAACGAGGAGGGUUCCCUGACGUAGACCAGAACGGCACCCGACUCGAUGAUCCCUGGGCUGCCGCAAACGAUGUCAAUGCGCCGUUUGACCAAGAGUUUUACCUCAUUAUCAACCUGGCUGUUGGCGGUACAAAUGGUUGGUUUCAAGAUGGCAAGUCGGGCAAGCCCUGGUACGAUGCCUCACCCACAGCGAAGAAUGACUUUUGGGAUGCUAGGGACCAGUGGUAUCCUACCUGGAAACAACCACAGGUUGAGGUCAGUCGUGUUGUCAUGAUGCAGCAAUGCAACGGUAACGAAAACGUGGAUCUCUAA